AUGAUGUUCAUAGGCUUGACGGGCUCCAUCGCCACGGGCAAAUCCACAGUCUCAUCUAUCCUGUCAUCACCUCCCUACUCGUUGCCCAUCAUCGAUGCCGAUAUCCUGGCGCGCAAAGUCGUCGAGCCGGGAACAAACGGUUACAAUGCCAUUGUGAAGCACUUCGGGCCUACAACGCCAGAUCUGCUAGUCCCCUCGUCCGAGUCCAUGCCAGAGAGUGGCGUGGACCGCAAAGGCAGACCAUUGAACAGACCUGCUCUCGGCAAGCGUGUCUUUGGCGACAGCGAGGAGAGGAAGAAAGACAGGGGCGUACUGAACGGCAUUGUGCACCCUGAAGUGAGAAAGGAGGUCUACAAGGCCAUUCUGUGGAAUUAUCUGAAGGGAUGCUGGGCAGUCGUGCUGGACGUCCCCCUACUGUUCGAAAGCGGUUGGGAUAAGCUGUCAGGAGUUGUGAUGGUUGUGGCUGUCAGAGAUCCCGAAGUGCAGAUGAAGAGACUCAUGGAUCGCGACCCUCAUCUCAGCCGCGAAGAUGCACAGAACCGGGUGCACAGCCAGACUGAUGUAAGGUUGAAGGCGAAGAGAUGUGAGGCGAGAGGGAAGGGAAAGGGCGUGGUGGUCUGGAAUGAUGGCUCGCGGGAGGAACUGAAGGCCAGCAUUGACGCUUGUCUGCAGGAGAUCAGAAGUAGCAGUCCGCCCUGGUGGAAUUGGAUUUGCCUUCUCUUCCCUCCCCUGGGUGUUGCGGCAGGAGCAAGGUCGUACUGGCAGAAUGUCAACAUCAACAAGCGAUGGGCAGAUGCCGAAUUGAAAGAGAAGGCCAAGCUAUAG